GUUCUAGAACUGUGCAUGCUCUCGUACAAGCUUGAGCCUGUUCCUCGUUUUCUUUCAUUUUUGUUAUUUUUUCACCGAGACCGAAAGACCUAAUUAAUAACAUCUGGAUUACCUAAGCGUAAGCGGCCAAGCCUGCUGAAGUUGAAAUUAUUUUUUCACCUUUCAUAGUUUUAACGCCCAAUUAAUGUUUAAUUAUGCUGUUUCGGAAGCAAACAAGUAUGGCUGAGGGUCGUCCUAGAUUAUCUCUCCUUCCUGACCAGCACAUAGUGAAGCAAGGCUGGCUCUCCAAACAAGGGGAGUACAUCAGGAACUGGCGGCAGCGCUACUUUUACCUCCUUGACGAUGGCAUGCUUCUAGGAUUCAAGACAAUUCCUCAAGAUCUAACUGACCCUUUGAAUACUUUCACAGUUAAGAGAUGCCAGACAUUAACUACGGACAUCCCUAAAGCCAACACAUUCAUUAUUCGAGGGCUGCGCUGGACUUCUGUUAUUGAACGUAAAUUUAAUGCCGAAAGCAAAGAUGAAAGAAAUGGAUGGGUGGAGGCCAUAGAGAGAGUGAAGGAGAGUUUAAUGGAGGACGGUGAUGGCGGCCUAGCACUUGGUGGAGUUCGUUCUACUGAGGAGGGGGACAGGGAGAACGAUGACUCGGGUGACCCUGAUGCCAACAGCGGAGUGGAGUACCUGCCUGCGCCUCAGGGUACCACUGCCAUGGGGCCUUACAAGAAGAAGAAGAAAUUGUCCCUAGACAGCUUUGAACUACUCAGUGGUUUGGGUAAAGGAACAUUCGGUCAGGUUGUUCUAGCCAGAGAAAAAUCUUCGGGUAACAUUUAUGCCAUCAAGAUGCUGCGUAAAGAUGUCAUCCUCGAGAAGGAUGAAGUGGAGCACACACUCACCGAGAACCGCGUCCUUCAGCGCAUUGAUCAUCCUUUCCUCAUGUACCUAAAGUAUUCAUUCACAACCAAAGACCGGCUCUGCUUUGUGCUGGAAUAUGUCACUGGAGGUGAACUCUUCCAUCACCUUACCCGAGAAAAAAUAUUCUCUGAAGAACGAACAAAGUUUUAUGGUGCUGAGAUAUGCCUUGCUCUAGGCUACUUACAUCGCUGCAAUAUCAUCUACAGGGAUCUCAAGUUGGAGAAUUUAUUAUUGGAUGAUGAAGGUCACAUAAAAGUUGCUGAUUUUGGCUUGUGUAAGGAGAACAUGCCGUACGGUAACACAACACGCACCUUCUGCGGCACUCCGGAGUAUCUGGCUCCUGAGGUGCUGGAGGAGAACGACUACGAUCGUACGGUCGACUGGUGGGGGUAUGGCGUGUGUCUCUACGAAAUGAUGGUUGGAAGGCUGCCUUUCUUUGAUAAGGAUCACGAGAAGCUCUUCCAGCAAAUUGUAUAUGAGGAGGCGCGUUUCCCACGCACGAUAUCAGCAGACGCGCGGGACAUGCUCAAAAGUUUGUUGGUGAAGAACCCGCAGCAGAGACUUGGAGGAGGCGUGCGCGACGCCCUCGAGGUGCAGGAGCAUCCCUUCUACAACAACAUCAACUGGGACCAUGUGCUUAAUAAGAAGAUACCUCCACCCUUUGUGCCUGAAGUGCGGAGCGCUACUGACACCGGUAACUAUGACCCUGAGUUUACAACUCCCGUACACAUCUCACCACUCGGGUCCCAAAGCAGCCUUAUCGUCAUCCAUGAGCAGGAGGAACCAUUCACGGAAUUUGACCAGUUCUCGUAUCAAGGAGACUCCUCGACCGUGGGCAGCUCCCUGACCUCCAGUUUCAACUAGCUGGAGGCUGCCAAAGAGUCCAGCUAGAGGACCUCCGUGCUAUCACGCCCCCUCGUCUUGCCUCCUCCCCCCCCCCCCGGCAUCCUUUUCUGCCUCCCCUGCAUCUUUUUUUUUUUUGCCUCCCCCUGCAUCCUUUUUUGCCUCCAUCUGCAUCCUUUUCUCCCUUCGAACCAACGCUUUGUGAAGUCGGUCGGUUGUUGAAUAAUAAUUUGCUAUAGAUUGAAAUUAUUUGAACUUAACUUAAAUUUACUGCUGUGUAUUCAAUUAAUAGCAAAACGCAAACAAAAUCCAAGUACUACCAAUACCACAAGACUUCUGGUGCCAGUUCCCUCUUCCCCCACUGAUCGUACAUUUCAAGGCAAAAAUGCGUGUAAUGCUUAUAACAACAGCAACUGUACUGCCAAAACUUGAUUCUAUCUCAGUCUAGGUCGCUAUAAAUUGAUCUAUUCUUUACUUGAAUACGCAACCUGUUCUGUAUUUGUUAUUUGUACUUUCUGGUCUGUUUCUGUAGAUUUUUGGCUUAUUGCUUCCAGGCUUGUAUCUUCUUGGCUGCGUUUGUCUAUAAUCUGGAUGAUACAUCGCAUGAUACUCCAGCAUUUGGCUUUUUUCCAUCAGUCUCGUCAAAACUCAACGUAAUUUAAGCUUUUUGUUGCUCUAAUAUUAAUAUGUCUUGCGAGGAGGCAGAGUUUGGCAUCGAACGCCUGUUUACUCCAAUGCUGGUCAACGAGUCCAUUUGGUUAUCGCGAUUCAGUUUUUGUGUGUAAUUAGGAGCAAUAUAUGGCGUUUAUUCUAGGUACAACUAUAAUAAUAAAUUUAUCCCAUUAAUCUUCCAUAAGUCAAAUCAAUUUUAAAUGCGAUUUAGUCCAUUUAAUGCAAAAUAAUUGUAACUAUGUUUAUUACGUUUAAAUUUUUGUUAGUAUUUUUUGGUUAUGGUUAGUCGAAGUAAAUUUUUGGUUAUGAUUAGUCAAAGUAUUUUUUUGGUUAUGAUUAGUCAAUAAUUUGACAUGACGUUUCCUUGAUCGAAAGUUCCAGUAUUUGGCUAAUUUAGUAAGGGAAGAUGAUAGGAGGUUAGUUCUAGCUUCGGCCGCGCUGCUCUUAAACUUUACUCUUGCCAAUUGUUUUAAAAUAUUGGUAGCUUCCUAAGAUUAAACACGAGUUCGUUCCUUAGUUAUAGAAUUAGCUGCUGUAAGGCCGUUACUGAUACAAUAGGAAGGUUUGAAACAACCGUGCUGCGGUGACUCCUUCCCAGCCAUCUCCCUGUUAGCUCUACUAGUACAUGGAGCUCCUGAGUACGAAUUGCUUAUGCUGAACAUAGAAUAUUUGUACGCAUAGAGAACGAAGUAUUGUUUAUACGCCUGCAUCGUGAACCUAAUGUGGCAAACGAGGUCAUUAUUGAUACGUCAAAUAUUUUACAAGAAAUCCGUUCCCUCUGAACUUUACUCCUUAGAGGGAAACUACUGUCAAUUGAAUUGUUAGUUUAUACAAUGGGCUACACGAAUAAAUGAGUACACCAAUAAUAAGCUGAUGGAUCUAUGGAGUAAAGCCAGUAUCGAUCGUUCUAUUUUUGUUAAGUUUAGUAUGCUGGUUGCAUGUACGUUUCAUUUUUGCUAUCAAUGAUAAGCUUCAUAAGUAGCAUUUCGUAUCAUUUAGUUUCAUUUUAUCAACUUUACCAAUUUUGGGAAACUGGAAGCAAAGGCGUUCUUCGUAAAUUAGCGAUAUUAGAAAUGAAAUUAUACAAUACAUGGUCUCAAAACAUGGCGCUACGAUGUCAUCAUUAUGAGGAACAUUGAAGAUCUCAUCGACCUUGAAGAUGUCAAUCUUGAAGUUACACUCAAUUUAUUUGGUGCAAUAGCGGCUCGCGCAAGCAACAGCAACUGUGCGUUUAGUGCUGUCGUAUUAUUGGUGCUGUAAUAUUCACUGUGUGGCAUCAGUUGCAAACAGCGCUCUUGAUAAUUUUGUCCAUUCUUAUGUUCUUUUUUUAGCUUACAUGUGCGUAUAUCUUUGUGGAUCAGUACAGCUUUGUCAUUCAGUACAUUUUUGUUGCGCAGUAUAGCCGUCACUCGGUACAUUUUUGCCCCUGAGAACAGUUUAUUCGCUUAGUACAUUUUUUUACAGCUUUGUCGUUGUGUACAGCUUUACCAUUCUCUACUUUAGUACUGUAAGUUAUAAAUGAACAUGGCAUGCAGUUUAAUUUUUUCUAGGCAGUGCGCUUUCUUUCAGGCACAAGCUUUCUCAGGACCCGUGCUGAACACCUGCUACCAAUUCAGUUAUCGCACUCUUGUAUUUUAAAUGCACUUAAAAUCCAGUUCUCAGCCCACACUUAUUUCACUACAAAUGAUAUACAUUGUACUGUAAUUUCUACAUACUUGCAGUCUUCAACCAAUUGAACUAACCUUCCCUAGCAUAAACAGACCGUCGCAACCAUGUCAGUCCAUUGUGAAUAACUUAAGAUUAUGUUUUCCGAUGCGUGUAAAUAUGUAGCAUUCUUUUGUGCGUUCCUAGAUUUUGAUUUUGCUUUGCUGCGUCUGCUCCCAAACGGCUGCUGAUCCUGAAGGUUUUUCUGCCUGAACGUUAAAAUGAAUAUUGCUUUCCCUUUCGUAACUGUGAUACUGGAAGAUGAAUUUAUGUUUAAGAUGAAGUUUUGUUGCAGUGAAUGCACCAGCUUUUGCCUCAACUCUAUGUUGUAACACUAUUACUUCGCAAUACAAGAACUUAUGCCUAUGUAUCGCAGUUGUACGUAGCAGUAAUCCAACAGUUUAUCUUACUAAGUCUUUCAAUGUAAACUACAACAUCAUCUGAGCAACGUUAACAGCCUUCAAUUGUCGUAAGGAAUUAUAAUCAUAGAGUUCUCUGAACUGACUUCAUAAUGUCAUCAAGAUAUUAUUAGUUUAAUAACAUUUUCUAGCAGUGGAUUUUUGCUUGAAUUUACUUUCCUGGCUUAACAAUACAAUAUUAUGUGUGAUUUUGUAGCGAUAUGGAACCCUAGACUACGCUAUGUAUUCAAUUUUAAUCCUAAUCAUAAAAAUGUCAUCUAUUUGGAAACUAUUAGUACAAUAUAUUGGGAUUAUACUGUUGGUUUAUACAUGUACAAUUUUCGCGAGUUAUUAAGUCUAAUUGUCAGCGGGGCUAUUGAAUUGUGUGGUCAUAUUCUGUGUAGGUCUACUGAAAUUGUGGCUCAAAUACUGAGAGAAUCUAUUGAAUUGAGAGCUUAGAUGCUCAGUAUGCUCUAUUGAAUUAGAAUCAAUGCUCAGGAUAUUCUGUAGUCUUUGAGACUUGUUUCUUAAUUUGCUUGUUCAAGUUUCAUUGACCAACCCCAGUUUAUGCUCGGAGUAUAAAAAAUUUACCUAAUACGCAGCCAGUAAUUCUAAGAUCACGGUACUUUACGUUAACUCAGCGUUGUAAAUUGCACUGAAAAGUCGACAAGAAAAUCAAUUUUAGAGAUCCCUUGUAACGCAUUAUAAUUAAGGUAUUGAAGGAAGCUCGCAGUUAGUCAUACAUUGUUGUUAUCGUCGCGCCUUAAGUCGAAUGUUCUUGGAGUUUAAUGUUCCUAGUCUAUAAGAACGAGGUUGACAACCUUAAAUUUUGGCCAAAAUGCGUGUUGAUUAAUGUCAAAUUAUCUGGCACAGAGCCGGAGAAGUUUCGUUAUUGUAUGAAGCUAUUUGAGUGAGAAGGCUAUUGUCUUUCUUUAAUAGUGUGUAAAUAAUAAUUGUACUACUUAUUGCUACUAUUAGUAAUGUUGCUACAACUCUUGCUACCACUGUUCGACGCGGCAAAAGUUGUGCAGGUCUGGUUUAGUAGUAGCAACAAACUUGCGCUAUAAAUGAUGCCUAUAAGCUCGAGAUACUCACCAUGUCUAAGUUGUAAAGUUGUGGGUGAUGGUGACGCUGGUAAUUUAACUGUAAUCCUGUCGCAGUUUACGAUUGAUUUAAAAUUUCUACUGGUUAUUUCUGAUCCGCCUUUUCUGGCUAUAAUUUGAUUGAUAAAACGCUCAUAAGGCUUACCCUAAAACUCACGCAACCGAGAUAAGGUUAACCCUAAAGCUCACGCAACAAUUUCAGUUAUGUAGGGUUAAGCGAAGAUGCUAGUGAUUGUACCUUACAAUUAUACCCAAUCCUAACACCCUUGUACGAAAGUGAGAUACAAUGCAGCAGGUGCUCGUUAUAUCUAAUUUUGCUUUGAAUCCUUCCUUGUUUAUUUUUUGCCAUGUUAUCAUGUACAAACCUGUGCCCAGUGAUAGUUGUAAGUUGUGCCACCGAGUGCUAGUAUUCGUGCGAAUUACCUGAUAAUUACCUCGAAACCACGGCCUGUACUUUUCUAUUUGCCAGCUGUCCCUACAGGCGUGGGCACCCGCCACGUAGAGGCCUAUCCAGGACGACAUUUCUAUUUCAGGUUUCACGUCCGCGCCGCGCCGCGACACAAAUGUGCUGGGACGUCAUAUUUACCAAGAACUGGAGUACAUAUUUCUGCCGUGACUUCAUAUUUACCAAGAACUGGAGUAUAGUACGUAUUUCUACCGUGACGUCAUAUUUACCAACAACUGGAGUAUAGUACGUAUUUCUGCCGUGACUUCAUAUUUACCAAGAACUGAAGUAUAGUACGUAUUUCUACCGUGACGUCAUAUUUACCAAGAACUGGAGUACGUAUUUCUACCGUUACGUCAUAUUUACCAAGAACUGGAGUACGUAUUUCUACCGUUACGUCAUAUUUAGCAAGAACUGGAGUACGUAUUUCUACCGUUACGUCAUAUUUAGCAAGAACUAAAGACUCGGCAUCGCUACCGUGGCCGCUCUGAGGAAGCUGCAAGUGCUACCUGGUCAAGGUAUAGGCACGGUAGCUGAGUAUACAUUACAGAAUUCUAUUUACUAGUUAGAAAAUUGAUAUUUGUUUGCCUGAAUAAGUCAAAAAUACGGAUUUUUUCUAAGAUAAGUUAAAUACGAGGAGAACAUACGCCUUACUGCGAUAGGGUGUUGAAAUCCAGCCCAGUGUUACGUCGGUGUUGCAGGGCUACACUCGGUGUUGCAGGGCUACACUCGGUGUUGCAGGGCUACACUCGGUGUUGCAGGGCUACACUCGGUGUAGCAGGGCUACUACGUUUUGUACGUCUACGUUAAGAGCGUACUCAAAUGAUCGUUUUGUUAAUUUUUCUCGUUUGGUUCAGAAUAUAAAUUACGACGUCUGA